CACACGCCCCGGACCGUUGUGUUUCGUGGACACAGUGGCGCUUGCCUCCAUGGUGCUGCGGGUUGAAGGUCGCAGUUUGUCUUUCUGCUGCAGCGAUUCACUCUGUCCAAGCUCCCCAUGUGGAGCGGGGGGCAGUGGAGUGUCUGGAACUCACUGACUGCUCUCUGCCCUCUUGCGUGCAGGCCUGCGGCUGUCCACUCUACUGGAAGGGGCCACUCUUCUGUGGUGCUGGUGGGGAGCGCACAGGCUGUGUGUCCGUCCACAAGUUUGUCGCCAUGUGGAGAAAAAUCCUCCAGACCUGUCAUGACGACGCUGCCAAGUUUGUCCACCUGCUCAUGAAUCCUGGCUGCAACUACCUGGUGCAGGAAGACUUCGUCCCCUUUUUACAGGAUGUGGUGAACACCCACCCAGGCCUGUCCUUCCUGAAGGAGGCGUCGGAGUUCCACUCCUGCUACAUCACCACGGGUGUGACAUGGACUGAGGCCACCAGGCAGGCUGCUCACGAGCCCGUUUCUUCCUUUGCAGCCAUUUCUACGAGGAUGGUCGACAGGAUAUUCUCGGGAGCUGUGACCAGAGGCAGAAAAGUACAGAAGGCAGGCAAGAUUAGCUACGCGGACUUUGUCUGGUUUUUGAUCUCUGAAGAGGACAAAAAAACCCCAACCAGCAUAGAGUACUGGUUCCGCUGCAUGGACCUGGACGGGGACGGGGCGUUGUCCAUGUUCGAGCUGGAGUAUUUCUACGAGGAACAGUGCCGCAGGCUGGAUAGCAUGGCCAUCGAGGCCCUGCCCUUUGAGGACUGCCUCUGCCAGAUGCUGGACCUGGUCAAGCCCCAGAAUGAAGGGAAGAUCACGCUCCAUGACCUGAAGCAGUGUAAGUUCGCCAACGUCUUCUUUGACACGUUCUUCAACAUUGAGAAGUACCUUGACCACAAGCAGAAAGAGCAGGUCUCACUGUUCAGGGAGAGCGAGAGCGACGGCCCCGAGCUGUCAGACUGGGAGAAGUACGCUGCCGAGGAGUACGACAUCCUGGUGGCCGAGAAGGCUGCGGGCGAGCCGUGGGACGAGGGGUCUCCUCUGGAUCCAUCUGUCAUCGUCAUGUAGCUUUCCCUGUACAGACCUCACACUCAUGAGGGGUCCUCAGCAAGUUCACGGAAGUGUUCGUUUAUCUUUGGAGUUCCAUUUUCCACAGACUCGUUGAACUAACUUCGUAUUUCAUGAGAGUUCUGUUUGAAUAGUUCAUAAUUUUGGGCAUUGUAAAAGGUACUUUUUAAAUUCCCAUUUCCAGUUGUUUGGGCUGUAGAAAUAUGGUUUAUUUGCACUUAUCGAUCUUGUGUUUGUCUGCACCUUUAUUAAAUGCAUUUAUUAGCUCCAGUAGUUUUUAGUAGGUUUUGGGGGGUUUUCUACAUGGACAGUCACAUUGAGUGGGCUGGUUUUAUUUCUUCCUUUCUGCUCUCUGCAUUUUAUUUUUCUUGCCUGUUGCACCACCCAGAACCUCCAGUGCGACGUGGAGGAGGAGGGAUGGGGACAGCCUUGUUCCCGGCCUCAGGUGGAAAGCAGCUGUGAGGGUUCCUGCAAACGUCCUUUCAGCUUGGGGACCUCCCCUUCUGUCCCAGUUUGAGACUUUGUCAUGAAGGGAUGCUGAAUUCUGUCAGAUGCAUUUGCUGAAAUAGUUUCUUUCUGCAGCCUGAUGCCACACGGAAUUACAGCGAGUGGUUUUUGACAGUUGAACCCUUCCCAGGAUAAACCUGCGCGGUUGUGACGUCUUUCUCGUAGAUUCGACACAGAGCUCAGCCCCGUGGACCAGAAGCUGAGCACAUUGCGGUCCCCACUGUUGCAGAGGCCCUUCUUCGAGGCACCAUCCCCCCUGGGUGCUGUAGACCUGUACGAGUAUGCCUGUAGGGACGAGGACCUGCAGACUUUGUGAUGCACCCAGGGAUCGUGUGCAGUGGCCCAUGCUACACACCAGGGUGAUCCGCUGAGAUGCGCCAGUUUUGGUGUAAAAAACAAAACCGUUUAAUAAUUGAGCUGUCUUUUGUGGAAGAUGAAGUGCAUUUGUACGAAAUGAUAAAUUUUUAUUUAUUCACACAACGCUAGUCACAGAUGUCAUUGAUGGAGCAGAUUGAUUCCUACCUGACCUUGAGGGGCCGAUGCUGGCUCAAGAACUCUGCCGUCUGGCACGUCAGCCCCAGGGUCCCUUGUAAAUUGGGACAGGCUCCUGUGCUAACACACUGGGCCCUACCCACACUUCAGCUUUUGGAGUGGAGGUGUUGACUUACCCAUCCUGGCCGGCAGGUCACCCCAGGAUCUGGCUGCUCUGGAGAGGGCCACAGUGAUGUCCUCUGCCACAUGCUUGCUCCUCGGCACUAGGUGCACACCACACUCUCCUGGGGUCGUCACGAACAUUCCACGAGCACUGGACGGGCCCAGCUGGCCACACCCGCAUCUCCCACGUGCAGGGCAUGGGCAGGGAACCCUGCAGCACCUUCACUGGGAUGUUUUUACAUAAAUGUACAGAAGUAUGUAAAGGUAACCUUCAUUUGCUGUGUAUAGCAGCUUACGAAUGUUGUAUGUGAUCACGUUUGUAUUUUCAAAUAAAGAAUAAGGAUUUUCA